AUGUUCACUUUCUCCCUGACGGGGUUGACCAGCGCCUCUCCCGUACGCUGUCCAGACUCCAAACGAGAUGCCAUACUACGGGGAGAGAUAGCACCCGAAUAUUGUUGCAGCUACGGCAUCUGCAAGAACGACGUCGUGGUAGCGAUGGACCGGGAUGAGACGAUACAACACCCGGGCUCGGCGUUGCGCUACAACACCAAGUGA